AUGUUCACUGGCACGAUUCUUCUACUCGGCGGGACAGGCAAGGUUGCCUCAGAGAUUGCGCCCCUGCUACAUCCCACGUAUCCCGUCCUACUCGCAUCGCGCUCUGGCACGAGUCCCGACCCGGCCAAAUACGCUGGCGUCAAGUUUGACUGGGACGACAAACAGACGUGGGAGUCGACACUCUCAGCAGGACCGACUCCGGUCACUUCGGUGUGGAUCGUUCUUCCGACCGCACUGGAUCCUGCUCCCUUGGUGCGAGAGUUUAUCAACCUGGCCCGCGAGAAGGGAACCCUAAGAUUCGUGCUUCUCAGUUCGAGCCAGCUAGAUGAAGGCGUCGCAGCAUGGGGCCAAGUUCAUCAAUACCUCCGAGAGCUUGAGAAUUUUUCUACCCAGGAUCACCACAUCAAGUCCAUCAAGGAUGAGAAUAAAAUCUAUUCUGCAACAGGAUCAGGAAAAAUCCCCUGGGUCUCUACGCGCGACAUUGCAGCGGUUGCGCAUCAUGCACUUACAGAUCCUCAAGCACCCAAUAGUGACUCGCUAGUAUUGGGCGGACAACUAUAUACUUAUUCAGACCUGGCUGGUAUCUUCAGCAAAGUGCUGGGUCGAGAGAUUGUGUACCAAGAGCUCACGGAGAAAGAGCUUGCGGCGCGCCACUACUCAUUUAGCGUGCCAGAAAAGUAUGCUGAUGUGUUGGCAUCUCUUGACACAAAUAUUAAGAACGGAGGUGAAGAUCGGUUGAAUGAUGUCGUUUUGUCAGUGACGGGAGAAGAGCCCAGGACAUUUGAAGAUUUCGUUGAAAAGAAUAAGGCAGUUUGGCAGUGA